AUGGUAUUUCCUGAGUUGGUGUGCGUGGCCGAGAAUGGACUAGCCUUAGCGACAUCGCGAGAUGGCAACUGCAGCGAUAUUGUCAAAGAACUCUGCGAAGUAAUCGACGUCCUGCGGGUUGUAACGCUCCGUCGUAAGCGAUUCGAUUGGGAAGCAGUAGAAUAUGUGCGUGCGUUCUGUGGUAAACAUUGGGGCCGUGGGACUGCUCGGAUGGAUGAUAGAAUCACGACACUGCAGGAACCAAAACGCUUAGUAUUGGAAGCGCGAGGGUAUCUGGAUGAGGCUCCAAUUGGUGGACGUCGACGAAGGAUGGCGACGGUAACGCAGUGGAACAACGAUCUUUCAAGUGCGUUGUUGGCAGCAGGAGCAGUGCAUGCCAAGUUAAAGAUUCAGACAUGCGGUAUUUGGCGAUGUUUGUGCGAUUGUGAAAAGUGUCAAAUCUUCGGCGCCAUCAUCUAA